CCUGACUGUCGAGAAUCCUCGAACUGCGCCGUGAAACACGUAUGCGGUCGUCUAAUCGCGUAUUAUUACAGGUCGAGCCAGAAGUCGAGCGGCUUCGGAGAAGCGAUUAGCCCGAGUGCGCGGAUUAUUUUGCCAAAAUACACUCAUGCAAGCUUGAAGGCGGACGAUCGGCCGCGUCGACCAGUUCGACAGCAGCCAGCCGAGGACUCGCUCGCACCUGCUGCUGACCUCCUGGGGUCGUCGUGACUCAUUCCCGUUUAAUAGAGCGAUCAAAAUAAUACGCCGAGGAAAACAUCGCCAGGAUAGAUAAUCUCGCACGACAGAUGCCUGUCCGUGGAGAGGAUCUUUUUCCGAUGUGACAGCUGGACACCCGGACGCCGUGUGAAAUCGUUGACAGCUGACGUGGAAGUCGCGCACCUUUGAGACGCCUCGAGCAGCGAAGCCCUCGGAUCUGUUUUGCAUGGUGCAUACGUUGUAAGGAAACAUGCCUCUGUUUGGAAAGUCUCAGAAGAGUCCAGCGGAGGUGGUGAAGGCUCUGAAGGAGGCGGUAAGCGCGUUGGAGCGCGGCGACAAGAAGGUAGAGAAGGCGCAAGAGGACGUGAGCAAGAAUCUGGUGCACAUUAAAAACAUGCUGUAUGGUACUGCUGAGACGGAGCCACAGGCGGACAUCGUGGUGGCACAGUUGGCGCAGGAGUUGUACAACAGUAAUCUGCUGCUUCUGCUCGUACAAAAUCUGAGUCGCAUCGACUUCGAGGGAAAGAAGGAUGUCGCGCAGGUCUUCAAUAACAUUCUGCGGAGGCAGAUUGGAACUAGAUCACCUACGGUAGAAUACAUAUGUACUAAACCUGAAAUUCUUUUUACACUUAUGUCCGGCUACGAGCAUCAAGAUAUUGCGCUCAACUGCGGUACAAUGUUGCGAGAAUGCGCGAGAUACGAGGCACUGGCCAAAAUUAUGAUAUAUUCGGACGAUUUUUACAAUUUCUUCAGAUACGUCGAGGUCUCUACAUUUGAUAUCGCGUCCGACGCUUUCUCUACAUUUAAAGAAUUACUUACAAGGCACAAAAUACUCAGCGCCGAAUUUUUAGAGAUACAUUACGAUAAAGUUUUCUCACACUAUCAGAGGUUACUCAAUUCAGAAAACUACGUAACACGACGACAGAGUUUAAAGCUGUUGGGCGAGCUAUUGCUCGAUAGACACAAUUUUACAGUCAUGACACGAUAUAUAUCGAAUCCAGAUAAUUUGAAGUUAAUGAUGAACAUGUUGAAGGAGAAGUCUCGCAAUAUACAGUUCGAGGCUUUCCACGUUUUCAAGGUAUUUGUAGCAAAUCCCAACAAACCGAAACCCAUUCUGGACAUAUUGCUCCGCAAUCAGGAAAAGCUGAUCGAGUUCCUGACGCGCUUCCACACGGAUCGUUCCGAGGACGAGCAGUUCAAUGACGAGAAGGCGUAUCUGAUUAAGCAGAUCAAAGAACUUAAGUCUGUACAUGAUAAUUAAGUCAAGGAAAUACAAUUAUUGCUACUGCUACGACUAACUA